AUGUGGUGGUGGCUGCUUGGUAUUUUGAGCUGCGUGCUGCUGCUGGUGGUCGUCAUCUUCUUCCUGGUCAUCGGGCAACGCUACAAGGUGUUCAGCGAGAAGUGCCUGAGGCCACCAGGACCUUUGGUCACCGACAGCAGGCAGAGGGAUGACAGGCUGAAGAAAGGGUUCCGUGUAGACCGUGUUCCUCCUGCUCUGGAUGCGGUGGUGAUUGGCAGUGGUGUGGGGGGGUUGACAGCAGCAGCUCUUCUGUCCAAAGCGGGGAAGAAGGUUUUAGUUCUGGAGCAACAUGAUCAUGCUGGAGGCUGCACGCACACCUUUCAGAAUAAGGGAUUUGAGUUUGAUGUGGGUAUCCAUUACCUGGGCCAGCUUCAUGAAAACAGCAUGCUGAGGAUUGCUCUGGAUCAGAUCACAGAGGGACAGUUGCAGUUCACAAAACUGGAGCAGCACUUUGACACGCUGAUCCUGGGUCAGAACGACCAGCGCAAGGAGUACCAUAUCCAUGCAGGGAAGACUGAGAUGGCAGAAAGUUUGAAGAAGCAGUUCCCAGGAGAGGAGGAGGCCAUCGAUGAGUUCAUGAGAUUGAUGAAGCUAUCGUCACGACGGACGCCCCUUAUUGCCACCUUGAAGAUCAUACCUUAUUGGCUGGUCAAUUUCCUGGUUCGAACUGGCCUUUUAGAUCGUAUAUCUUCAGUGUUCCGCUUGGCAUCCACCAACCAUUCAGAAGUAAUGUCCCGCCUCACAAAGAACAAGGACCUGCAGGCACUGUCUGCCUACCUGUUCUACGGUGUCCCUCCUAAAGAGUCUAGCUUUCUCAUCAAUGCUCUCCUUCUUCACCACUACAAGCGUGGUGCGUACUACCCACGAGGGGGCGCCAGCGAGUUUGCAUUUCAUAUCAUCCCUGUUAUUCAGCAGGCAGGCGGUGCUGUGCUGGUGAGAGCUCCUGUGCAACAGAUCCUGAUCAACCAACAAGGGAAGGCCUAUGGUGUGACGGUGCUUAAAGGACAAGAAGAGAUUGAGGUCCAUGCCCCUGUUGUGAUUUCCAAUGCUGGAAUCUUCAACACCUUCCAGAAGUUUCUGCCUAAGCCCAUACAGGACAAACCAGAGAUCAAGUCAUUGUUGAGUUUGGUGCGUCAUGGCAUGGGUUCCUUCUUGGUCUUUGUUGGUCUGGAUGGAACCAAAGAGGAGCUUGGCAUUGUUUCCACCAACUUCUGGAUGUAUAAAGACAAUGACUUGGACUCACUUAUGGAGCGUUACUCUUCUCUGAGCAGAGACCAGGUAUUGGGAAACAUCCCCAUGAUGUUCAUCACAUUCCCAUCCGCUAAAGAUCCUACAGCCAACAUGAGACAACCAGGUAAGUCCUGUAUGACGCUGCUCACCAUGGCUCGCUAUGAGUGGUUUGAGGAGUGGGAGAGUACAAAGCUUGGCAAGAGGGGGCAGGAUUACCUGGAUAUGAAAAACAGCAUGGCUCAAGAGCUGUUGGACUGGGCAUUAACAAUCUUCCCUCAACUGAAAGACAAGGUGGUGAUGGUGGAUGCUGCCACUCCUCUAACUAACAGUCACUAUUUGGGCGCUCCAAGAGGUGAGAUGUAUGGUGCUGAACACAACUUGGAGCGCUUCACCCCAGAUACUGUUGCAAGGACACGACCACAGACACCGAUCAGUGGACUCUACCUAACAGGUCAGGAUGUAUUCUGUAACGGCAUGGCUGGGGCGCUGCACGGUGGACUCCUCUGCGCUUCAGCUGUCCUCAAUCAGAUCCUCUACAUUGACCUUCUGGCCCUGAAGACCCGAAUGAAAAACAAAAACAUCAAUCAUAGGAUGAGCUGGUAGCGACAGGGCUGUAGUGGAGCAACUGAUUCAAGAUUUAAAAAAUAAAAAAACAAACACGGAAAAGAAUAAAAUUGAUUUGACCCAAAGUCAGGUGAUAAGGUAACCUGAACAAAUUCAGAGAAAGCAUUAAAACUGUUAUGGUCUGGCUUGUAGCUGAGUAUGCAUGAUGGAAACCCAACUAAGAGAAUGAUUGGCAGACAACACCAUGGUUAACAACAUCACACCUCUUAAAUUUUGGAAACAAUAGAUGCCUGACAUGCAUUCUGUUGCAAUUUCUAAAACAAGGCUGCAUGUCUUUCUAUUAUCUGUGAGCCAAAAUCAGUGUGUGAGAAAUACUUGGCUGUGUCUGUUGUCUACAUGCAGGUCAUAAAAUGGUGAGAACAGACCACUAUUGUUUGCUCCCAUGUUCCACUGCUCCUAAAUGUUCAAACAAACAAAAAUGGGUGACAUUUGUACCUUGAAAGUUUUAAUUGACUCCUGUUAUCAGUGAGCCAACAGACCAUAAAAGGAUUAACAAAGUAAUAUUAACUCAAGGUCCACUUAAAAGUGGAUUCAAAGCCCAGUGCACUACCUGGCAUAGUCAUUCAGUCCUACAUUACACUACCUUUUAAUGACUACAAAUUCUAUAAUACACAUUUAUGACAUGAAAAAACUUUUUUAAGAAAUAAACAAAAUGCCCUUUUACCACAUAUGAUACAUCAUAAUUGCCUCUUUAAUAUCUGUUUUAUAGUGCUGUGAAAACAUCAACAAAUUCCUCCUUCACACAGCUGGAUUUAUUCCAGUUCAUUGCUAAAAGCUACCUUUUAAAGAUUACGCUGAACACAUCAUGACAAUGAUAUAAUUUACCUUCACCCCAUACUUAUUUUUAUUGAAUAGAGCUUCACUUCACAGUGUAAAUCAAUGUCACCUCUGUGAGCAUGUUCAUUGUGGCCACUGGCAGCUCAGAGAUAACAAUAACUAGCACUCCUGCCGAUUGCAACACCGGUUUUCUUUUCUUUAUCUCUGCAUACUCCUCUCGGUAGUGUAGUAGUAGUGGAGUGUCCUCUCAGUAGUGUAGUGGUAGUUGAGUGGGCACCAGAGAGCUUUUGUCGUUUUGACAUGAUAACCAUACAGCAUGUUUCGGGGUUCAGGUGAUGUUGGAUAACUUGCCCAUCUCCCCCAGAGAGCAGGUAAAGUGUAAUGAGCUGGGGGAGGGGACAAGGGGCGGUAGUAAUAGUAGUAAUAGUAUUAGUAGAAAAUGGUAAAAAGAUAAACAUUUAGAUUUUUUUUCGUCCCCUAUUUAAAUAGCUAGGAGAAAUUAAAAAUGCAUACCAAACAAAAGUUUGGA